CCUCCAGCCAUCAUCAAGGAGGAAACAAGUCAACAACAACGACAAAAAUCUCUACCUAUACAGUCUAUACUGAGCUCCCAUAAUUCACAACUCAUUCAGACAAAAAUCUCUUUAACCCCAAACCUUCACACUGAUACAUAUACUACUACUCUAUAGUCUAUACCAAAUUCAUUUAUGAACUCUGCAAACACACUCAUCUACACUCCCUUUUCUCUCUCGCAAUACCAAUGCCACCACCACCACCUCCUCCUCCAUAUCUCUUGCUCUUCUUUACCCCCAAAACGCCGCCGUACUUAUCGCCGGAACCCCAAACUCUCUUCCCCCUUCACCACCACCACCCCCACCACUAUCGGCACCACCUCCUCUUCCUCCGACAGCUCAACGCUCCAAACCGUGAUCGACCUCAACCAAACCACGUCGUUCCUCCACGCCAACUUCCAACGCUUCAUUUCCUCUUCACUCGACGCUUACCACGACUUACGAACCCUAAUCACUCUCGACGAUAACCGCCGAAUCCUCGUCUCUUGUCGCCGCUCGACUGUUGUCUUCGCCGGGAAUUUGGUCCUUUGUAGCUUCGUUCUCGUUUUCGCUUUUAGGGUUUUGGGGAAAUUAGGGUUAUGGCUUAUUCGGGGCCGGUCCGGGUUGGGAGAUUCCGGGCCGGUCGUGGUGCGGAGGGACCGGAGUCUUGGGGGAAGAGAGGUUGUUGUUGCUGUUGGCGUUGGGAGAAAGGUCAAGGAGAGGGAGAAUUUGAAGAGGGUUUCGAGCAAUCCGUUGUCGCCGGCGGUGGCAGCUUCGGCAACCAAUGUGGGAGUGUCGGAGAGGGUUUCGGGGACUCGGGUUCGGCCCCGGGAGAAGAAGUUGCCGAAAUGGUGGCCGGUUUCUGUGCUGCAACCGGGGUUGGUGCUGAAUGCGGAGCAGUAUCAGAGGGAAGCCAACUGGUUGAUUCAAGUGAUCACGGACAAUAGAAUCAAUGGGAGGGACAUAGUGGAGGAUGAUAUAAUUCAAUUACGUCAAAUAUGCAGGACAUCUGGAGUACGGGUCUCCUUUGACACAAUAAAUACACGUGAUUCCUUCUAUCGUGCUUCUGUUGACUUUGUUCUAAAUGUUUGCAGCAGGGCCCCGAGUCAUUGUACUUCUGUUCAGAUUGAUGGUGAAGAUGCUCGGCAAUUUGUUGCUGGGCUUGCUGAAAACAUUGGACUUGAAAACAUUCGUGCUGCAAUAAUUGUGUCAGCAGCUGUUGCUGCACGUACUCGUUCACGGUUUUUACAGGCGUGGGCUUUGGAAAUUCAAGGCAAACAUGCUGAAGCAAAAUUAGAACUGUCAAAGAUAUGCCUUAUGCUGCGGAUAUUUCCUCCCGAGGAGUCCUCUCCUGAGAUGGAGAUGGUGGCUCGAGGCUUGGAGAAACAUUUGAAAGUGGAACAGAGGUUAUUUCUGUUGAAUAUGCUUGUUGGGGUUUGUGGUGAAGAGGGUCGUAUAAGUGCAACAGAAGCUCUCGGUUUGGUGCCCUCUCAAGAAGGUAUUGGCGAUGGGCAGGAAUGCAAGUAUACAUGAAAAGUGGUAUCUUGUACCCUUUUCGCAACAGAUGUCUCACGUGUGGUCUAUAGGCAUGUGGCAUCUGCUUGCAACUGAUGCAUGCGUAAGAUAAGUUUUCCCAAUCGUAGGGUUAAUAUUACUUGUAUCCCUUAUGGUUUUGAUCCCACAAAUUAGGAUUCUUUUAACUUGAUAUAUUUAAUAAACCCCUCUAUACUUAUCCAGUUUAAAAGUUGGGACAGUUUUUUUUUUUUUUUUU